AUGAACGGUCCUAAAGAUGAUGAUGAGGUUGAUGAUGAUGAUGAGGUGUCGGGAGGAGGCUCGCCCCUCUCCCAGCCUCUUUCCGCGCAUCUCCGCGCUGCUCCGCUGCCCUGCGCGGCCCCGGCGGCGGCGGCGCGGAGUGGGAAUCGCUGGAGCCGGCUGCCAUCUAGCGGGCACCGCGCUGCCGGCUGGAGAAAGAAGGGGGGUUGUCGGGGCUGCCGAGCCCCCCAGACACCCUUUGAACCUCUCUCUGCUCUUUUUCAUAAAUGCUUGAUUUUGUCCCGAAAUAAUGAAGAGAUUUUCAAUGAGUCCCUGGGCCAAGCCGUCUCUAUUGUAUAUUGCAUUGAUAAAAAGGAUGUUAUUGACUAUGCAACAGUAGGCUCCUUUCCUCUCUCUCCCUCUUUCCAAAUAAACUCUCGGUCCUCUCUCUUGGUCAGUGAAAAGGUGAAACGAAUAAGAUUAAACCGGACAAAAAAAGCAAGCUCGGUAUGUAUAUCAUCUAGAUUUUACUCCCCAGACUGUGAAGAGACAGGGAGUAAAAGAGGCAGAGCAAGGCACGGAGAGAGAGGGGGAGAGAGAGAGAGAGAGAGAGACAGAGACACAGACACAGACGGAGGCGGAAAAGCCUGCGAGAAGGUGGACGGACACAGCCGCCGCCCGGCUCCUCCCGGCCCCGCUCCCGGCGGCCCCGGGACACCCCAGGAUCACCCUUCUCCUUCCUACCCACCGCCCUCGCCCGCCCGCUUGGCUGCACUGGACGGGAAAAUAGGGUUUUAUCAUCCCCAGCUCAGCAGAGUGGACACUUUUGUGGGCAGCUGAGCACCUCUCCAGCACUGCCAAGACGGGAGCGUGGGUCUCCUGGAUACGAAAGGAGAAAAAAAAAACCAACCCAAACCCAACCCCAGAGACGCUCGUCCCCUGGAAAAGUUAAGCGUGACUUGAUAAACGUUUGUAAAUGCGAAUAGAAAUGAAUAAAUAAACCUCAAACCAGGUAGUCUGGGUGUAAUAGUUUAGCAGGACUAAUUGCAGACAAUGGAGCUGAAAUGACUUUUCCAAUUAGCUGCUGGUUGGAGUUUAGUUGGAGGAACUGUCAGCUCUAGCGAUGGGUAAUUGCUUUAUUGCUCACAAAACUAUCAUCUAUUUAGAACAUAUGCGCUAAUUACUCUGGAUGGGCGUCGGAAAAGAGACCAUAAAUCUAUUAGCACUUUAAAAAGUCUAGGGUACUUAUAAGCGACCAAAGUCCCUUACUUGGCGCGUUGAGGGCGAGAUUGGAGCCCGGGUUGUAGUGUCUCCAGAAAAUACAAAUAAAAUAAGAUAAACAGAUGCAGCCACAUGUAUGCUAGGGUAGAUUUGCGACCUCAGAGAGGAGGGGGCCAAGAGUGGUCAUCUCGAAGCGAGGAAAGCCUCUUUCUAUAGACCAAACUGGGGCAAUAAAUCACUGUCAUAAAAACUAUUUUCCUCUUUAGCCUUGCACAUUUUUUUUUUCCCCAAAAAAGAUUAGUUUAGAAAUCUUUUAAUUGGAUUACUCUGGAAAACUAAUCUCCUUUAGGCUCGCUAAGUUUGUGUACCAAAUAUUUGGAAUUAAUUCAGUGCCACAAAAAGCAUCCGGGACGCCUUUUGUUAGAACUAGCUAAGAAAAGGGACAGGUAGGGAAGGUUGGAAUUUUACCGGCAUUUUACCAUUCAUGUCCCCUCGCAGCUCUCUGCAUAUUCAUUGCUGUAUAUGUCGCAUUGUGCUGCAUAAAAUUGCUAUUGUAAAGGAGAUAAACAGAAUUAUUUGCUGGACUGUGCUAUGGAACAGGGCUCCAGCGCGGGGUGAGGAGUUUAGGAAAAAAAAAAAAAAAGGUAAAGUAAAAGUUUUGGCAGCCCAAGGAGGAGUCAGACCCCCAAGCUCCGCGCUCUGAAGGAGCAUUCCGGGGACGGAGCUGCAUCCCGUGGGUCCAGGUCCCAGUCCCAGGGGCUGUCCGAGAGUCUUGGUCCCACUCCUAGCGGGUUGCUCAGGAGCCAGGGCGCUUUCGGGGCUGUCCCAUGCGGGGCAGACGCCGAGACUCGGCGAAGGUCCCUUAGUUUUCAUCCCAGUGGAUCUGUUCGCAGCAUCCCCGUGAGGUGUGGUUAAUUGGAGGGGGAUAAAAGCGUAAUGACUCGUCAGGAAAACGGUGGUGACUCUAAAGCAUCGUUUUCUUCCCCCCUCCCUUC